AUGUCUACAGCGACAGCAUGUUUUGGAGGCGAUUCGUCGCAGUUUCCGUCGAGUAAUCUAUUCGCUGCGGCCGGAGACGGAAUAUGGGACAAUGGGGCAUCGUGUGGGAGGCAAUACUUGGUGAGAUGCAUAAGUGCAGAACAAACGGGGACGCGUGUUCCGGACAAGAUGAUUCAAGUUAGGAUUGUGGACUAUGCCGGAGCUAUUGAAACAUUGCCAUCAGUUUCCGGCACCACCAUGGUCUUGUCCCAAACAGCCUUUGGAUCUGUUGCUAAUUCAGCGGCUAAAUCCAUUAACAUUGAGUUUCAACAGGUAUGAUAUGGAAAAUGCAGAAAUGAUGAAGAAUGGGCUUAAAUUUUCAAUCAUAUUCUUUUGCAUGAGUGGAAGGUGCAGCAGAUAUGGCGGAGACAAUUCAUGUAUUUGUAUUCUAGUUAUAUGUAUUUUGAUGAGGGGAGAAUCUAGAACCUUUUGAUUUUCGAUUGGUCAUCCGUAAAUUUGAUUAUUUUUCUAAACAAUGAGUACAAAAAAAAUGUCAUUUUCUUUUUUAUUCUUCGUUAUAUAUAUGUAAAGUAUAUGUAGUUGUUUAAUACUUUUCUUAACCAGGAACGCUCCUCUCUUUCUUUUUUUU